CAUGGCACCGCCCCCGCCGCCUGGCUGGCCGGUGCUGCGGGUGUCGGCGCGGCGCGGCGCAGUGCAGGAGCCGGAGCGGCGGCCGCAGCGAGACGCUGCCGCUUCGCCGUCGUCCCUCGCCGCCCGGCCGGAGCGGGUCCCCCCGCUGCCCCUGCUGCGAGGCAGAGGCGCGGCGGAGUGGUGAGCGGGGCUCGUCUCCCCGCCUCGGUGUUUUCCCUCCGCUUUCUACGCCCGAGUUUCUGCGGGUGCAGCAUGAAGUGCAGCGAUGGCAAGGCGAGGUAAGACGGUCGUGAGGACGCUGGAAGAUUUGACGCUGGAUUCUGGUUAUGGUGGCGCCGCGGACUCGGUCCGGUCCUCCAACUUGUCGCUGUGCUGCUCGGAUUCCCACCCGGCGUACCCCUAUGGAGGAAACUGCUGGCCGCAGCUAACCGACUCCAUGCACAGUCGGCACAACAGCUUUGACACCGUCAACACCGUCCUAGUGGAAGACUCCGAGGUGCUGGACUGCGCGGGGCAGCAGUGCUCCCGGCUCCUGCCCGACCUUGAGGAGGUCCCCUGGAGCCUGGAGGAGGUGGAGGCACUGCUACUGCCGCCGCGCCGGGAGCCGCGGCCGCCGGCCGCGGCCGCCGGCCCCGGCAGCCGGGAUGCGGCGGCGCGGCUGUCGACGCUGGUGAGCCGGGCGCUGGUGCGCAUCGCCCGGGAGGCGCAGCGGCUGAGCCUGCGCUUCGCCAAGUGCACCAAGCACGAGGUGCAGAGCGCCAUGGAGAUCGUGCUGGGCUGGACGCUGGCGGCCCGCUGCACGGCGGCCGCCCUGGGCGCCCUCUCGCUCUACAACAUGAGCGGCAGCGGCGGCGACCGCUUCAGCCGCGGCAAGUCGGCGCGCUGCGGGCUCGCCUUCUCCGUGGGCAAGUUCUACCGCUGGAUGGUGGACAGCCGCGUGGCCCUGCGCAUCCACGAGCACGCCGCCAUCUACCUCACCGCCGGCACCGAGAGCCUCUUCCGCGACAUCCACGCGCGGGUCAUGGCCGGCCCCGCCGCCCCGCCGCCCGGCCGCCCCGCCGCCGCCGCCGCCGCCGCGCCCGACAAGGAGAAGGAGGGCGGCGAGGCGCCGCGCUUUACCCUCGAGUCGCUGGAGCAGACGGUCAACAACGACCCCGAGCUCUGGGGCUUGCUGCAGCCCUACCAGCACCUCAUCUGCGGCAAAAACGCCAGCGGUGUUCUCUGCCUGCCGGACAGCUUGAACCUCCACAAAGACCAGCAGAGGUCAAACAAGCCUGGAGAAGUGCAGAUGUUCAGCCAGUCAGAGUUAAGGACCAUUGAGCAGUCUCUACUGGCUACACGUGUGGGGAGCAUUGCUGAACUCAGUGACCUGGUGUCCCGCGCAAUGCACCACCUCCAGCCGCUCAAUGCCAAGCAGCAUGGGAACGGCACGCCAAUGCAUCAGAAGCAGGGAUCACUCUACUGGGAGCCAGAGGCCCUGUACACGCUCUGCUACUUCAUGCAUUGCCCGCAGAUGGAGUGGGAAAACCCAAACGUGGAGCCGUCAAAAGUCACACUGCAGACUGAAAGGCCGUUCAUCGUGCUGCCUCCCCUGAUGGAGUGGAUACGGGUCGCCGUGGCGCACGCGGGGCACCGCCGCAGCUUCUCCGUGGACAGCGAUGACGUGCGGCAGGCGGCGAGGCUCCUGCUGCCUGGAGUUGACUGUGAACCUCGACAGUUGAAAAUCGACGACUGUUUUUGUGCAUCUCGGAAACUGGAUGCAGUUGCCACUGAAGCGAAGUUCAAGCAGGACCUGGGUUUCCGAAUGCUGAACUGUGGCCGAACAGAUCUAGUUAAACAGGCCAUAUCCUUGCUGGGGCCGGAUGGAAUUAACAGCAUGAGUGAACAGGGCAUGACUCCACUGAUGUAUGCUUGUGUCAGGGGUGAUGAGGCUAUGGUGCAGAUGCUGCUAGAUGCUGGAGCAGAUCUGAAUGCUGAGGUUGUCAGUACUGCUCAUAAAUACCCAUCCGUCCACCCUGAGACCCGCCAUUGGACAGCUCUGACAUUUGCUGUGUUGCAUGGACAUAUUCCUGUAGUUCAGCUGUUGCUGGAUGCUGGAGCAAAGGUAGAAGGUUCUUUGGAGCAUGGAGAGGAAAAUUACUCUGAAACUCCCUUACAAUUGGCAGCAGCUGCUGGAAAUUUUGAACUGGUUAGUUUGCUGUUGGAGCGAGGAGCUGACCCCAUGAUAGGAACAAUGUACAGGAAUGGCAUCUCCAUGACUCCACAAGGUGACAUGAACUCUUUCAGUCAGGCUGCUGCACAUGGACACAGGAACGUGUUUCGUAAGCUCCUCGCUCAGCCAGAGAAAGAGAAGAGUGAUAUUCUGUCCCUGGAGGAAAUACUAGCCGAGGGGAGUGACUUGCCCGAUUCUGCAGCAGCUCCGCUUUGCGCCAGCCGCAACAGCAAGGCCAAACUGAAAGCCCUGAAGGAAGCCAUGUAUCACAGUGCCGAGCACGGAUACGUGGAUGUGACCAUUGACAUCAGGAGCAUAGGUGUUCCCUGGACACUGCACACGUGGCUGGAGUCCUUGCGAACGUCCUUCCAGCAGCACAGAAGACCCCUCAUCCAGUGCUUGCUAAAGGAAUUUAAGUCCAUCCAGGAAGAAGAAUAUACAGAGGAGCUCAUCACACAAGGGUUGCCUUUGAUGUUUGAGAUACUGAAAGCAAGCAAGAAUGAAGUGAUAAGUCAGCAGCUGUCUGUCAUUUUCACUCAUUGCUAUGGACCCUACCCUAUUCCAAAGCUUGUUGAAAUUAAGCGCAAACAGACCUCUCGCUUAGAUCCGCAUUUUCUUAACAACAAAGAGAUGUCAGAUGUUACAUUUCUGGUGGAAGGAAGACCAUUUUACGCACAUAGAGUGUUGCUAUUUACCGCAUCACCAAGGUUUAAAGCACUGCUGUCUAGCAAGCCCGCAGCUGAUAGUACUUGUAUCGAGAUCAACUAUGUGAAGUACCCCAUCUUUCAGCUGGUUAUGCAGUAUCUUUAUUAUGGAGGUGCAGAGUCACUCCUGAUUAAAAAUAAUGAAAUUAUGGAGCUUCUCUCUGCUGCUAAGUUUUUCCAGCUUGAAGCUUUACAACGACACUGUGAGAUCAUUUGUGCAAAAAGCAUUAAUACAGAAAACUGCGUGGAUAUUUAUAAUCAUGCCAAGUUUCUCGGAGUCACAGAACUAUCUGCCUAUUGUGAAGGCUACUUUCUAAAAAAUAUGAUGGUCCUCAUUGAAAAUGAAGCUUUCAAACAGCUGUUAUAUGACAAGAAUGGAGAAACAUCUGGUCAAAAUGUACUACAGGACUUACAGAGGACGUUGGCCACAAGGAUUCAGUCAAUUCAUUUGUCUUCUUCAAAGGGCUCCAUUGUAUAAAGCUGAGGAAGACGGUAACACUAAUAAAGACCCUGCAAGUUAAGUCUCCUGUUGCAGUUGCUUAAAUGAAUACAAAAAAAAUUCUACUUCACAUCCAAAUAGUUCUGUGUUGGCCAAAGGUGCUGCGUUGAGGCUGCGGCCUCGUUUGGAUGAGGGAAUACAGAAUACAUAGCUCCUCCAUGUUUUUGAGCAACAGGGAUACAACACUGUCUAGUGAAUCACUGUUGUAUUCAAAUUCUGAACACAAAAGUGUGGUCACGGAGCUAGAUGCCAACAAAAGCCAGAACCUGCAUCAGUGAACAGCAGAAGCCCCUGCCUGAGCAGUGAUGCCAUGGAACACCUAAAUUAGUCAUUUAAGGCUGUUUUGUUCCACAGUGUUACACAUUUAAGAACUAUAUCUAUCCUGGAGUCCAUUAUCUUGUGCAUUUAAGAAAAGUAAAAACUGUUAGUUGCCAUUGAGCAGUGAUCAGCUGUGUUAGAGAGUGGGUAAGACUGUUAUAAUUGAGGAAAUAUACUGGCAGAUUUUUAGGGGUGGGAACUUUUUAAAUUGUUCAUAAAAAAUAAAGGGGUGGCCUUGUAGUUUAAAAACUAUUUCUUAAGCUUAAAUUUUCAUUUUCGACAGAGCUGUGUUUGAGAAUCUAUGUAAUGUUUUGUUUUUUAAAUGGUAAAAUGUACAUUGUGUAAACAUACAUAUGAUCCAGUUUUGCUUGUAUUCUUUCCUAAGGUGGUAUAAUCUUGCCUAACAGGCUAUGGUUACACCAAAGAGGUACAUUACCAAGACUAUCUCUAAUACAGUAGUCGGGGAGGAGGGAACAGGAGAACUGCAUGCUAAUAGUGAUUUGGGGUUUAAAAACAAUGACAAACUCAACAUGCAUUUGCAUGGUAACUGUACCUGUGAAAUGUUAUGUUUGUGCUUCGUUUUGCCAAGACAAAUGCAAUGUUACUUCUUGUCAAACUCCAUUUGUGAAAUUAGCAUAUUUUUUUAUUCAGUGCAAUUGGUUGUGAUAUGAUACCCCCAGAGACCCUUCCCGAGAUGCUGAUUUCUGUUUGUUACAGUGAAGGGAUAAUAACAGAUCUUUAUUCUAGUAAUGUGUCAAUACUUUGCUACUGGCCAGAGAAUGUGUCUGAGUUAGACUUUUUUAAAUUAUAAUUAAAUAUGUACUAUAGAACGAUUGCUCACUGUAUCUUGAGAAUGUAUAGGUUAUCUACAACGCAGGGCUUUGAUGGGGUGGGAUCGGGGGUGGGAUUUAAUGUCAGGGCUCCAUUUAUUUUGCAGCAUAUUGUUAGCAAGGCAAAUCUGUUAAGUGCCAUCACAUUCCUGAUGCUCUGUCUUUGAAUAAUAUCUAUCAUGAAUCGACUGAUUUAAAACAUAGAGAAGACCACAAUAAGAAGCAGGCAAAGGUAUUGCCUUGACCAUGGCAAAAUGAAAUUAAUAUAUUUAGUUUAUAGCAUGCCGUUCAGAAACUGUGCCCAGUCCAUAGGCUUUAGACGUUUUAAUUUGACAGUGCAUGUUAACUUCUUGUUCUUUCAUUGAAGCAUCUGCGUCGGGUGCUCUUCCAUGUUUAUAGCUUUUGGAAUGCUCAGAGAACAGUUUCGGCUUUAGUUAUCAAGAUGGUAGGAAGCUGUUUUAUGACUCUGAGGUGUAAAUCCUCCUAUAUGCUUGGUCUUUUAAAACCGAUACAGUAUCUGCAACAGAUUACAAAAAUGUCUGAACUGCCACUAAUGUCGCAGGGACACAGCAUGUCAGUCAAUUAAACUGUUUUUUUCCUGCACAGUAAUGUCCAUACAAGAUGAUGUCGAGAACAUUUAGAUAAUGGCAGCUUUUCUGUGAAUGCUGUGAUAUUAGAGAAGCAAGAAUGCGGUUGAUGCAACUACAACACACAGGGGUGCUUAUUAUAUGUGCUUCCUCGGCCAUGGAAACCCAUCCUUCCAAACCGAUAAUAACUAGAGGACAGCAGCAGACCUCACCCUGCAGCUUCAAGUUUUAAAAUAGCAAAGUCUUUCAGACAAUAACCACAGUGCUAAAGUUCUUCCCUUGGGUACAUGCAUAAUGCCCAACAAAGUCAUCAGGAGUUGCAUACACAUAUAUCCAUAGGCAAAAGAUCUUUCUCUGAGAAACAAGCACCCAUGUAUACAUGUGGCUAGGCAGUCUGGUGUCUAAUGUCAUCAUGGUAGCCACAACUGUCAUGCCACUGUUUCUAGCUCAAAUGCUAAUUGUGCUUCAUUAAUAGGACAGAGAGAACUGUGUGCAUGGGCUGCUCCUGGAACGGGAUGAUUUUUGAGGAUGCGUAGGAACCAGCCUGAGACACAGUAGGAAGGAAACACUGAUAACUUCUUGUGCUAGUCCUUCUCCUGAUAAGUUGAGUCGAGAGCAUCUAUGUUAACAUUCACUGUUUUUCUUUUAGAGAUGAAGAGCAUAAUCUAUUCUUUGGUGGUUGUCCGUGAACGGAAUGGUCAUCGUGUUUCAGCACCCGAAGGCAAAAUGAGAGCUCAAGCCUCUAGCAGCAGCGCGUGCCUGCCGCCAGGCACACUGCAUGAGCCCUUCAGCAGAACUGUGUGAGCCCCCACACUCACGGGUCCCUUUACUCCUCCAGGGGCUUGCGAAUCUGGAUGGCUGAGCAUGACAGAAAGCAGGGCAUCCCACUGCCACCACCAGAUCUGCUUUGCUGUUGUCUAUCAAAUGGUAGAAGAGAACAACACCAAAGUAGCGUAUCAAUCAAAACUGCUACAGGAAAGGACUGUGGCUACUGUUUUAUAAGGGGGCAACUCUUCCCCUUAGGAAUGUUGGUCAUGCCAAUAUCAUCGAUGUAUAGCUGACAGGAACCUUAAAGAGUCAUGAUUUUCAAAUUUUUUUACAUAUGAACCCCCUAACUUUUGCCAGCAAAAGUGCCAGCCCAUGUAACCCAAGCAUUCAUUUCUCUCGGAAGUGGUCUAUGGAUCUUUGUGGAUCCACAGACUAGAGUUUGAAAACUAUGAUUUCAGUCCACCUCUCCUGCCAUGGGACAGGAUGAGGUAUAGCUUGUCCACCCCAGAGGAUGUGUAACUUGCCAGCUCUUGAAACUUCAGUGACAGGAAUACAGUCUUCACCUUGGAAGUUUUUCCUAAUAGCUGAUUUAGAAUUUCUUUCCUGCAAAGCAAGCCAUUUUUCUUUCAAGCCCUGAUUGACAUGGAAAGCAGAUGAUCCACAGCCUUCUUAUAAGAAUAUUUUAUGUAUGAGAGGAAUUAUUCUGCUUUUCUCACUGGUAUAAGUCCUUCCUAGUCCCUUCAAAAAUACGUUCUAGGCCUCUGAUUUUUGCUGUCAUUCCCCUUUCGACUCCUUAGUUUCCCCAAAAUGCUUUACUUCAGUGGGGGUUUUAUCCCAUAACAAGUAAACUGCAGUAAUUGUCUCCUGAGUUUUAGAGACCUCAUUUAUAGAAUAUCUAAAAAUAUAUCCCAGAAUAUUUUUUGAAAGAACAUCCCAUGGCUGACUUGCAUCUAGUCUAUCAUCCAUUAUAAUUCCUGGGGGUUUUACUGCUGCUUUACCAGGAGUUCCCAUUUGUAUUUGUCCAUUCAUUUAUACCUUCCAAAAUGUAACACUUGUCACUCAUCUUUAUUAAAAUUUCUUCUAGUUUAACUGGGGCAAUUUCCCUACUUCAUCAUGAUCAUUUUCAGUUUUGGUCCUGUCUUCUAGCAUGCUUCAUAAUCUCCUAGCUUUAUUAUAUGUGGCUUCAUGCAUGGAUUCUUCAUUCCAUUAAUCUGGGUUGUGGGGGGAAGAGCUCUGUGAUAAAUUUAGUCUAAAAAGCAGUGUGAGUAUCAGUGGGUGUCCAUGAAUACCAUCCCUAUCAGAUAAGGUUCUUCUAUCAGAGCAUUUCAUUAGCAUUUUAGAAAGAUAGUAUUAUCAUUUAAAAAACAAAAAAAACCUUCUGCUUCUUUAGUCUUUCUACGACUUGCAAUAAUUUGCCAAUUUUGAAGAAAAUACUACUUCCAGCCUUCUCCAGCCUCUCUAGGUGAAAUGGAAGAAAUAUAAAAUCCUUAGAAAAAACUGUGAUUUUUUUUGUUAUAAUUUUCUAGCCUGAAAUGACUGAAGGGUUUUUUUGGUUCCUUUCCAUCUGUCUUUUUUAUACGAGUCCAUUGCUGUAAUACUCGAGGACUUAAAAGCAUCCUGCCCCAGCCUCACUGAAGACCUUUCCUUCUGCCUCUUUACAAGAGACUUGGCCCUGUCUUAGUUUCCAGAUUUUCCUCACAUUUCCACCUUGCCUAACAGACAGCCAGUUUCCACAUGUCCCGACUUUUUAUUCUUGAGCGCUGCUGGAUCCCUUCCCAAGCCCAGAAGUGGUAUCUGUGUUCUCCCUAAUGAGUAAUUUUCCAAUAAUCAGCUUGAGAGCUGGGAAGAGAAAAGGAUGGGGAAUGUAUGAGGGCAAAGGUUUUGGACAUCAGAGAGGAAGGCUGGUACUCUUUUGGGGACAAAUUUCAGCACUGUCUUCUUGUUACUCAAUUUUUCCCUGACCUAUUCCUUAUGCUUUCUGUCUUCUAAACACAGCUGGUGUCCAGAUGUGCUCCACUCUGGAAAAAGGCCAGCUUUGUAAAAGCUAAAACUUUUUCCCAGCUAAAACUUUGCCUGCUUGGUCUCAGCUUCUGAGUAGAUUUGUGCAAAUGUCUAUUAAAGACAGAGGAAAACAUCUUCAAAGACGUGUGAAGGCUUAGUAGCAAGUCUCCUGUUGGUGCUAAUAAGAGCUGUCUGCUGAAUCUUGGUGUGCUGCUUUCGACACUGAGCCUUUUUGUGCUGAAUAUCCACUGACCACUGGCUUCAUGUCACACACUGUGCUAGUCCUUCUGGAUGUAUUACAGUGUCUGGUGUAUUAGGGGGCUUUCAGGAACUCUAGUUUUGUUUCAGUGUAGCAUGAUGUGCUGCUCUUUGAAGAUUAAAAGAAAAAAAAUCCUCAGUUUGUACUGGAAUAAACUGCUCUGCUCACCAUGCCAUUGCGGUGAGAAGGAAGAAAGGGAGCCUCUUCCCCAUACCUAUCCAAAAUCAGAGUUCUGUUAUGGCAGAGAAUGCUACUAAGUCCAUGGGGACUCAGGUAUGCAGGACCAUAUUUAAGUGAAUUUUUUAUGUUUAAGAAAAAUGUAGGUGUUGUUAAAGUUCACUCAUCUGCAUACUUGAGACAAGGCUCAAGGCAGCUUACAGAAAAGGUCGUUCCUAGUACUGCUGUCUGUGGGUCAAAUCCUAGAGCCUGAGAGCCUGCAGAGCUUGUUGAAGUCAGCUGCAGGUAUUUAGAGCUGGUUCUCUCUUAAAAAUAGUCCUGAAGGACGACAUCUUCCUGAAGCCUGCCUUCACUAAAGCUGCCUCUGAAGUCGGUAGAUGAUUUUUUUGAUGAAAGAGAGUUACCUAAAGUCAAACAAAGACUUGGAGUUAGUUUGCUUGACAAAGCAUCUUUCAUGUGAGGAUCUGCAAGUGCUUUACAGAAAUGUAGGGCUGGAUGUUGCUUUCAUCCCCUAGCCCAGAGACGUGGGCUGAUUGAAAUAUAUAAGCAUUAAGAAGGCUGUUUAGGAUGUGUUCAAAUAUAUAAUAAACUAGCUUUCAGAACAGUAACCUUGAAAUAGCACUCAAAUAAUAUCUGAAAUCCCAUACAUGAGGAAAUCACUUACUUUAGAUGACUGUGUAUAAGCACAUUUUGUCUUUAAUUCCUAGCACUUCCAAUCACAUCUUCCAUUCAUUUAUAACAAAAUUAAUGUUUUUUAUUCUUUAACAUGUUCAUUAUUUUUAGGCAAGACAUAUUAUCUUCAAUGGGUACAAACUGAGGCUCCCAGCCCUGACCAGAUUAUCAUGUUUCAGUAGAAUUUUUCCUGGCCUACAAUUCAUAACUGGACUUCAAAGGCAAAAAUAUUGAAGCUGAGUCUUCAGCUGUGAGUUGAUGAUCUGUGAGUUCAUUGAGACCACUGCUGAAAUAUUACAAAUGUGGUGCCCAAAGCAGAAGGAAAAUCUGCCAUUAAGUUCAACGGUAAUAUUUCCUGAGUUAAGAUCUGACUGAAAAUGUACAGAAGCUAAUGGGCACUUGUUAACUGAUUUCAAGGGGUUUAAGAACUAAGCUUAGUGUGUGUAGGAGGGAGGUAAUUUCUUUCUUUUUGUUGCCAUUAAAUAGUCAUUCUUUUAUCUUUAUUCAAGUCUCCUUGCAUGGAUCAACCACUGAUGGCCUAGUUUGUAUUUAUCUUAGACUUUUUUGUGCAGAAGAUUCAAAAGGUGGUAUCUUCUGUUUUCCUGAGGUCUGUAGUCUCCGUAGAUGAUGCUUUUUGUGCUUUCCUAGGACUGCUCUUCUCUGAAACACCAGGAGACAUGGCAGCCACUUGCAAAAGGGAUUGCAUUGGCCAGAAACAGUAAAUUCUGCAAACGUUUCCUGGUGUGUAAACUAUGAUGCUUAGUUGGCUAAGUCUAUCCACCUGAUUGGACGUGAUGUAGCAGAACAGCAAUUUUGGUGUUUGUUUUCACUUGGGGAGGGAUUUUUCCAUUUUUCUUUGGGCUGAUAGUUUUACUCACUCGUCUUUUUUUUCAUCCUGCAGAGGUGAUGAUGCUGUGCCCCUGAAUGAACAGACAUACGCAGAGCAGGCACAGGUUUCUGUCAGCACGGCAUGCUACAAAAGAGGCCUCAGUAAGGGAAAAGAAUUAGGUACAAGAAUUUAAAUGUCUAGCCCCAGAUCUUUGUGUUGGAUUUCAGAGAUACGGAAUUCCCCGAUUCCUGCUUCAUUUUUCUCCAACUUGGAGAUUCCAUGGAGUGAAAGGAGAGUGGAGGGGAACACAAGGACAUGGGGAAAGAAGGAAGGAGGAAAGAGGGAAGCAGCCUCAUCUCCCAUGUGUGUCUCGGCAUUCCCAACCACUUGGCUCUCGUCUCUUCAGCGUUCACAUAGAGGCUUUGCUCAUUCCCACUUCUCACAUUUGGCAGUGGAGCUCUAGCAACUUUUCUCUGUCCUUAUAAAUAUCUCCACUGCUGCAGCAGCAAGAAUGAAUUUGCCUGAGCCCCUUUGUGUGUGGUUAGCUUUGGUCUUUCCACUUCCCAUCAUCUCUGCUGCUGUGUUUUCAUUAAAACUUCCAUCACUCUGCUUUACCCACUGCAGUUAGAGGCAAUCUUGUUUCUUAUUGCCUUUCUAAGCAAACAAAGGUGAAAAAAACCUCUCUGAAAUACCCAAUCAGAAAUCAUUCAUGUUUUAAAAUAAGCCACAUUAGAAAAUGGAGAUGCUCAGGGAAAAAAAAAGAAAAGAGAGAGAGAGAGGUCCACCUUAUAAAAAGCCAAUCUGUUAGGAGGUCAUUUUAAUUAAUUAAGGCCACAGCCUUAGCACCUCAGAUAGGCUGUCAGGGACGGAUUAAAAUGGUUCAGAACAUCUGGACUUGUUCAAGCUACAGGUGCAAGAGAGCCCGGUCUUACCCUUUCCCCUUCCCAGCAGUGGAUAAAUUGACUAUCAUAUGGCUUACUGAGUGAGGGGCUUUCAAAUGAGACUUUUAAAAGUCUGUUUUUCUCUAAUCUGCCUAUCUUUUAAAGAGCCCAAGGCAUCCUGAGGACUGAGAUCCUGAGGUGGGUUGCUUCAGUCCAUGUCAUCUGAAAGCUUGUUAUAAUAUCAUCUGUGCAAUCGUUGUCCUCAGAACAGGCUUUUGACUAGCUUAAAGUUUGGAAAACAUCUCGAUUCAUUUAGAACAAAAGUGGCAUUACAAAAUACUGUGUUUUAUAUCAGAGCUGUGUAUUUUCUGUUUCUUUGGAUUUUUUUAUUGAGGGGAGGGAGGUUGAGCAUGUGAAACAUUUUGGAAUUUCUGUCCAUAGAGUUAUCUUUGUGUGUUUGUAUGUUUGAGAGAGAGAGUGAGAGAGAUGGACAGUAAAUAGAUCUACAGGAUAUGUUAUGAGGCGUGAAAUCAUGUUUGUAAUGAGAUUUCUUGUUAAUGGCAGUCAGCCUUCCUUGAUGCUAAGCAUUAAUGCAAUAUCCAUUAGUGCAGCUAAACCUCCCUCCGCCCCACUUUCCCAAAAGGGUUUCACUUUGUACCUAGUUUAGCAUUUAUAAAUAUUUGAUACAAGGCUCAAGAAAGUCAUUUCCAUGUUAAAUGAAGGAUAAAUGAGCAUUCCAGGAAAAAUACAAGUUAGGAUUCUACUAUAGCAUCGUUCACAAAACAAACAUGAAAGCGUGAUGAAAUUCACCCCACUGAAAUUGCUGGAAUCCUUUUCAUUGAUUUUUCUAGUCUGUGGAUCAGGUGUUUUUUCCACCUCUCUUUCAUACUAUCAGUCACCUUUGAAGUCCUUUUGUAUCUCAAGCUUUUCAAGCCAAUGCGUAUCUGUAAUUAGAAAGCACAAUCUUGAUCCUUAAAUGGGGAAGAGAUCUUUCCUCUGCCUUCCACUUCUGUAGGACUAGUUUCAUAUCUUUAUGUUUGCCACUGAAAACAACAGCUGAAUGGGGAAAUCCCAGUGCGAGCACCCUGAAAAGACAGGGGAGCUAGCACUGUCCAUGUGACAAAUGUUUGCUUCCUUCAUCCUUCUUCACAUCCACUCCCACUUGCAUCUUUGAGCUGUCUUUGAAGCUAAACUUAGAUAAGAAAAAUGAAGACUAGAGGAAAGGAGGUGCUAGAAAUAAGAUGGUUUCAAGGAUGAUGCAGAACUAUUGAGUGAAUCUUGAUCAUUGCAGCUUUUGAAUUCCCUCCCAUGCGAGGGGAGGCAGAUUCCUAAUUUGCGCAAGGUAAAACUAGGAAUGGUAAUGAUUGUCUCUUGGGUAUUCUUUUUUUUUUUCUUUCUUAGCACAGUAGUUUUAUUUGCUGGCAUACACUGUUAGGGUUUGUAUGGGAAGGUUUCACUUUAUAUGGAGAAGCAAAUGAAAGAUCACAUAACCCAACAGUGAUGCUCAACAAACAAGGAGACAUUGUCCUCCUUCCACAGUUGUACCCUAAGUACUGGUUUGUGGCUUUGCAGAAGUGUUUGAGGUCAUCUACAGUUAACAACAGAGAUGAAACAUCCUUCCUCUUUGCUUAUCCUUUUAUGAAUGCUCAGCUUACAAAUAGCACAGAGUCAGAGUAUAGAAAAUAGGACGACAGAUGUUUUUCAACAAAGAGUAUAAUUAAGAAAUAGAAAUGUUUUUGGAACCAUUUUUUUUCCUCAGAAAGAUAGAUGGGCAUCCAUAGCUCAUUCCUACAGCUCGUUCAAAGAUGUCAGUCUCUCAAGCCUGUUAGAUGUUUUUGAAAAUUGCCUGUUUGGAGCUGUUAUUGUCUGAGAGCAAGCUGUCUCCACUUAAGAAAUUGACUUAUGGCCCUUCGUAAAAGGGCAGAAGGAGAAUGUAUUAAAAACUGGAGGUCAGCCAUAAUCUGAAAUGGCAGCUUUUGUCCACUGUGUCCACAACUCUAAUGUUAUUUUUAAAAGUGUGUUUAUAUUUUAUUUCUUUUGGUUUUUUUAAAUUAUUUUUAAUGUGAACAUAAUUUUUUGUUUGAGUAUAAUGUAUUCAGCCAGCUAGAUCAGAAAACUUUCUGUGUUCUAUCUCAUAAUUAGAUCCUUAGCAUAAAUGUUGGGAAGACUCUGAAAGCAUGUUCUCUGAGUGCACCUUACAUCAUUUUAAACCUCAUUCUGUCUAAACCCAUUCUAAUCCUUUUGAAAUCUCCAAAGAGAUUAUGAUUCGUUAUUGUUAAAUGUCAUCUUGUUAACACUGUGUUAAUGCAGGACAGAAUGUGAAAUUAGCAAGUUUUUUUUUUAAAUUGUAUUAUUCUAAAACCGGGAAAAAGUAAAUAGAUCUUUGUUUCUCAUGUAAUAUAUUCCCCUUAGCUUGAGACUACAUGUGCAAAGCUUCUGCUCUGAAUGCCUUGUUAGAAUCAAGUUAUAAAUGGAGGAAAAUGGCCUUAUAAAGAUUUGAUGAAAAAUUUAACUGCAGUGAUGCAGCACACGCACUUGUUACAGUCUGCUCUACCUCUCGUGAAGUCAGUGGGAAUCUUUAAUGGGAUUUACUGCAAGGCUGUAAGUUUUUUUUAAUGCACUAACAGAUAUACUUUCCCAUCCCAUCAUCUGCACAGUUGUGGUUGGUACACCAUAAAGGCUGAAGGCCAAAUCCUGCUGUCAUUGCACAUAGCAACCCAGCUUCAGCAAGGAUCAUAAACAUGUAGUUAGUUGGUUGCACAAUUUUGAGGUUCUUGGUGAACAGAGAUGGGAGGGGGUAGGCUUUCCUUGUGCUUGUUGUAUCACAGCCUUUGCAUUUCGAAUGACUUUAUUAGAAGGAUCAUAUAUCUACAUGCUGCGGAAAGAUGCCUGUGUGUGGUGGGAAAGAUUUUUGUGAAUUUAGACCUGCCUAAGAAAACAUCAACCAUUCUAAUCUUAGACAAGUUGCAUUCCAUAUCCAUCUGUUUAGUGGAUCAGUCUGAUGUUUACUAUUUGGUAAAUUACAUUUGAUCUUUCUUUUUUCAAAUUUCUGUAAGGGGAUUACCUGCCAUCAGCUAGUGUAAAAUAGUGCCAAGGACUUCAAAAUAUACCCUUGGGGCCAAACUCUGCUAGCUUCACAUACCACAAAGUCCUAUCAGAAUCAAAGAAAGCGGGAUUGGGUGCCUGAACUGCAACACCCCCUCUCCCCCCCCCCCCCCCCAUCCCCCAAGUUCAACUUACAUGUCCUGCUUCAUUUCAUAGAAAUUGAUGACUUCCUGGGGGGGAAAAAAAAAAAAACAAAACAAACACAUGGUGCCAAUUCACCCCAGCUAGAAAUGUAUCGAAGUCAAAAAACAUUUAUUAGACAUGACUAGUCUACCAAAUCCAGUACCUAGGCAGAACUCCAAGGGAAAGUAAUGGGAGCUUCUGAUAUAAAGUUUGCAGAAAAAGUCUACAUAAUGAACUAUGACAAAUGGCAACUUUGUGUAAACUCUCCUGGUGGGUUUGUAUAAAGGUUUUUAAGAAAUCUUCUUUGGAACACACCAGAGAAUAAUAAACUUGCACCUUGAUAGAAUAGCUUUAUUUGUAUAUAUUCUAUGUAAAUUUUUAACCAGAGGAUACAUGUCAUUUCCUGUACAUAUCUGAUUAGAGUGGUGGCAGUGCUAUGCACUGCUGUUUAGGAGAUCCAGGUUCUCCAGUCUUGGGUUUCUGACUGUAAAGGCUGCUGGAGACUGCUUGGGACCAGCCAAGAAAUAGGAUGGAUAGAUGAUCACAACCCACUGCUUAUAAUUGUAGGAGUAGGAAUUGGGACAGAUGUUGGCUAUGGAGAAGAUUGCUUGCCUCCACUCCUGGCUAAAGGACAAGUGCCUCCUUCGCUGUUGUCUCCAAUAGAAGGGAAGUGAUUUAUGGUUUCUGACGGUUGAAGAGUGUGGAGAACAUUCAAAGCCCUGUUUGGAUCAGUGUUUAACAGGGACCUGAUCUAAUAAGAAGGAACCCACACUUCUUAUGUCACAUGGGAAGGUCCACAAAGAAGCAGUGUGUAUAUACAUCUACCUAUCUGUCUGUCUGUCUAAUAUCCCAAUGUUUCUGUAUUGAAUGGUUUCAGUAACCUGUAAACAAGUGAUUGCUCCUGUUGUGUUACUGCUUUGAAAUUCUUUGCAUGCACUCUGGCCUAUAAUUCUUUAAGAAAAGAAAUUAUACAUAUUAUAUAUAUAUAUAUAUUGUAGCUUGCAAAAUAUUCAUGUUGAAGAGCCAUGUUUUGUGCAAAUUGUACAUUUAUGUUGUGAGCAAUAUUGGAAUAUGAACUUUUAUUAGUUGUUGGCAUUAAAACAUGUUUUUAUUGAUAGUAAA